GGCGGGGUCAGCAGAAUGAGGCGCGGAGCUGUUCGCCGCUCCAGGUGCUGAGUCCGAGGGAGGCUCCGGAUGCCAGAGCCGCGGCCGCUGCAGCCGUCGCCGCCGCCAGAGCCGCCUCUGGGAAGCCCGGGUCGCGAGGAGCCGGCAGGCGCCGCGUGUGCUGCCCCGAGCCGAGGGCCCUCCUGAGCGCCGUCUGAGGUUCUCAACAAGCUUUGAUGUCCUAGCAUGGCCCCUUGAGGUGAACCAUGUCUGUCUUUGGAACACUUGCCACUAAUCACCCAGAGUGACAUCUCGCCCCGUGAUCUGCCCUCCGCCGCCCCAGCCUGCCUGCCCCUGCCUGGGAAAGCGCUGCAGUGCCACAGACACCAUGUAGUAGGGCCGGCUGCGGCGCCCAGGGAGCUGCAAUGGUUUUGUACACGACCCCCUUUCCUAAUAGCUGUCUGUCCGCCCUCCACGCUGUGUCCUGGGCUCUCAUCUUCCCAUGUUACUGGCUGGUGGACCGGUUGGUGGCCUCCUUCAUACCCACCACCUAUGAGAAGCGCCAGAGGGCAGACGACCCUUGCUGCCUACAGCUGCUCUGCACUGUGCUCUUCACGCCGGUCUACCUGGCUCUGCUUGUGGCCGCGUUGCCUUUUGCCUUUCUUGGGUUCAUCUUCUGGUCUCCACUGCAGUCUGCCCGCCGGCCCUACUCCUACUCCCGGCUAGAGGACAAGAGCCCAGCUGGCGGGGCAGCCCUGCUCAGUGAAUGGAAGGGCACGGGGGCUGGCAAAAGCUUUUGCUUUGCCACAGCCAAUGUCUGCCUCCUCCCUGACUCACUCGCAAGGCUCAAUAAUGUUUUCAACACCCAAGCCCGGGCCAAAGAGAUUGGGCAGAGAAUCCGCAACGGGGCUGCUCGGCCUCAGAUCAAAAUCUACAUUGAUUCUCCCACCAACACUUCCAUCAGUGCAGCCAGCUUCAGCAGCCUGGUGUCGCCACAGGGCAGUGACGGAGCCAGAGCUGUCCCUGGGAGCAUUAAGAGGACAGCCUCUGUGGAAUACAAGGGGGAUGGCGGGCGUCACCCCGGUGAUGAGGCAGCCAAUGGCCCAGCCUCUGGGGACCAGGCUGAUGGAAACCUUGAGGACAGCUGCAUUGUGCGAAUCGGUGGUGAGGAAGGAGGCCGGCCACCGGAAGCUGAUGACCCUGCUGCUGGGAACCAAGCCAGGAACGGGGCUGGUGGGGCCUCAAAGGGCCAGACGCCCAACCACAAUCAGCGGGAUGGGGAUUCUGGGAGCCUGGGAAGCCCCUCGGCCUCUCGGGAGUCCCUGGUGAAGGCACGGGCAGGGCAAGAUAGCGGUGGCAGCGGAGAGCCGGGUGGCAACAACAAGCUCCUGUAUAAGACCUCAGUGGUAAAGAAGGCGGCGGCCCGCAGGAGGCGGCACCCUGACGAAGCCUUCGACCACGAGGUCUCGGCCUUUUUCCCGGCCAAUCUGGACUUCCUGUGCCUGCAGGAGGUGUUCGACAAGCGCGCGGCUGCCAAGUUGAAAGAGCAGCUGCACGGCUACUUCGAGUACAUUCUGUACGACGUCGGGGUCUACGGCUGCCACGGCUGCUGCAAUUUCAAGUGUCUCAACAGCGGCCUCCUCUUUGCCAGCCGCUACCCCGUCAUGGACGUGGCCUAUCACUGUUACCCUAAUGGGUGCAGCUUCGAUGCCCUGGCCUCUAAAGGAGCUCUGUUUCUCAAGGUGCAGGUAGGAAGCACACCUCAGGACCAAAGAAUUGUUGGGUACAUCGCCUGCACACACCUGCAUGCCCCACCAGAGGACAGUGCCAUCCGGUGUGAACAGCUGGACUUGCUUCAGGACUGGCUGGCUGAUUUCCGAAAAUCUACCUCCUCGUCCAGCACAGCCAACCCCGAGGAGCUGGUGGUGUUCGACAUCAUCUGUGGAGAUCUGAACUUUGAUAACUGCUCUUCUGAUGACAAACUGGAGCAGCAGCACUCACUGUUUACUCGCUACAAGGACCCCUGCCGCCUGGGGCCUGGGGAGGAGAAGCCCUGGGCCAUUGGUACCCUGCUGGACAUAAAUGGUCUCUAUGAUGAGGAUGUGUGUACCCCUGACAAUCUUCAAAAGGUCUUGGAGAGCGAGGAAGGUCGCAGGGAAUAUCUGGCCUUCCCCGCCAGCAAGAGCCCAGGGGCUGGGCAGAAGGGGCGGAAGGACCUGCUGAAGGGCAACGGCCGUCGCAUUGACUACAUGCUGCACGCCGAGGAGGGGCUGUGCCCUGACUGGAAGGCUGAGGUGGAAGAAUUCAGUUUUAUCACCCAGCUGUCCGGCCUGACCGACCACCUCCCUGUGGCCAUGCGGCUGAUGGUAUCUGCAGGGGAAGAGGAGGCGUAGGCCAGCCAUGCCACCGGCAUCUCAAGCAGUGGGGCCUCUGCCAGCCCUUCAAGCUGCAGGCCAUAGGCUGUGUCCCCUCCAUUGAGCACCUAGUGCUAGGGGAAGGAGGGCAGGGGACAGGGAAGAGCCCGUCAGUCCCCUGUGAGCCUGGAAGCCAGGCUGCUCUGUGCCUCUGGGCCAUCUCUGAGAACAGAGGUCUCAGGCCAGCCUGGGAGCCCCUGGCUGCCUAACCAGUGCCAUUCUUUCCAAUCACAAUUUUCUACAGAAAUACACAGCACAACAUAGUUUGUAACCCGAGGGUUAGUAUGAGGACCGGGUUUAUGUACUCUUUGUAUCUCUUCUCAAGCUCUGUCCAGGGUUCAUUACUUUUGUCUGCUGCCAAUGUUGUCUCGCAUGCCUGCACCCUCGCAUGCACGCUGCCCGCAUGCCAUGUGCCAGACUGUAGCACCCAGACCCCUUGCUCGGGCCUCACCUAAGGCCAAACUCCAAACACAAUCAGAACCAGCCAAAGAAGCACUUCCUGGGCACAGCUGCCGGCUCUCCGCCUCCAGCUUGGUGGGGACAUGAAGGCUGUCCUUACCUGCCAGCCCAGGGCUCUUCCCAGGGUCUUGCAUUCAAGGGCGAUUACAUUUCAAAAAGAAAACGUUAAACAAAAUCACUCUCUACUUAGGGUCUGUAAGUCACUGGGUAGAACUUUGCUCUUUCCCAGCCCACAAAGCAGGGUCCAGCUGGCUCUGGCCACCCCAGCAUCUCCUGUAGACUGACACUGGCUGUGGGGCCGUAACAGGAAAUCCAAGAGGGCAUCACUUUUGUACACGCAGGGGACUCAGAACAUAAAGGGGGGAGGGUUCUGAUUUUGAAAAUGACAGUUUUUAGCUUCUCUUGUAUCCAACAUGUCCUCUUCUAUGGGCCCCUUGGGUUCAAUCUUUUCCUGAGGACUUAAGCUCAGGAACCUCUUGCCUGCCCCCAAGUCAGGCUGCAGCUCUCACCUCCCAGGCCUACCCUUCCUUAAUAGCUACCCCAGCCAAUGCCAUGUCUAGGAGGGUUCCCCCGGAAGCAGCAGCAGGAAGCCAAGAUGUAGAAAGUGGCUUCUUCACCAGUGCAAUGCUCAGGUGGCCAGCCAACAGCCACUGCUUGUCUAUAGCAAGGCUGAUUCCAGACUCCACCCAAAAGCCACUGUGGCCAGAGCCAGCCCCAAGCUCAGCACAGUAAGACUGCUAGAAGCCCACUGUUCUCCACCUUGUCCUGCUCAGGUGCCCAAGACAGCACUGACUCUGCUGACCUACCUUCACAGAGCAGAGGCUGACCCCUGACUCCAAAGGGAAGAUGUCCGUCUCAGGCAGUUGAGCUCCAAUUUGGCAGCCCUGCUGGUUUCUUCAGAGUGCUCUGAUCUUGUAUCCAGCCUAGCUCAAGGCCAACUCUGCCUGGUGAGGAUGGAGGAAGCAUCAGGGCCCUGCUGUUGGGACCUCUAAAAUGCUGGGGCCCUAAAGCUGUGCCUUGUCACCCACUAAGUAGCAAGAAGAAUCAAGAGGGGCACACAUCCAACAAGAUGCCUGGCCCUGUGCUGGGUGGCGAGCCUUCGGAGCACGGCAGCUUGGCGUGUAAUGCUGGUGAUACUGGUCUGGCUAAACCUCUUGGCCAAGAGAGCCCUUCCCAUGCGCCAGUGUCUAGAGCGAGGGGCAGCCUUGCUGGGUGCUCUGCUUGCCCCUCUCCUGUCAGGGCCUGACCUCCCAGGAAUCUAGGAAGGCCUCGUGGAAUGAAGGCUCCCUAUUCCUGAAAACAAACAGGAUUCUGUUGAUGCAGGGUACCACUGGGCAGGCCCAAUCCUUAAACCAAUGGCACUGUGCACAAGGAGAGUAGAUGAGGCCAAAGCCAGGAUCCCUAAACCUGGGUUAGGGUAACACGUUUGGAGUCAGAGCCACAUCCUUCUCUCCUUCCCAACUCCCAGGGUGGCCUUGGGCAAGUCGUACUGCCCUGUGCCUCUGUUCUCUUCUGUGAUUACAAGGUCACCUCUACAGAGUCAGGUACUGGAGUCCAGAGGAGGGACGCCUGCCUUCCAGCUCCCCCACACGUCUCAGCACUGAGCCCAUGACCAUCUGCCACACAUGUCAUUGUGGUUUGCCUGUGGACUCAGGCUUGUGUACUGCCAGGCCUUUCUAUUUCAGCUUCUAAAGCAGCAGCAUUGCCAGGAUUCCAGAUUCUGUGAAAUCUGAGGCCUACACGGGGCAAUCACAGGAUCACCUGAAUCCUAACCAUGGCUCUGCUGCCUGGGACCCCUCAAGGGAAUUGCUAGAUAAGUGCAUUAGCUUAGGAAGGACCAUUUGCUCAUCUUUAUUUGUCCAAAACCACCUGGAGUUUUAAGUAUAAAUAUUAACCUUGAUGCUUUUUAACUAUUGUAUUAACUUGCUCAGAUUUAGAAAUACUGUUUUAAAAGAAAAAGAAGACACUUUUUUAAUUUCUGUAUUUUUUUUUUUUCUGUAUUGUAUCCUCAUGGGACAUUAGGGGUUUUAUAUGGUAAGACACCUAAGGUUUUGGUAAAACAUUAUCAAACAUAUAUCCAGACGAUUCUUCCCUAGAAGAAAAACAAUCUGUAUGGCUGAUUUAAAAAAAAAAAAAAAAAAAAAAAAGUUGAAAAGAGGUGGAUUUCUCCUUUAUGGUGCUUGAAAGGAGGAUGGAAAAUGAGGAGAAAAUAAAACUGUGAGGCUCAAGA